AUGGACCAAUUGGAUGUGAAAGAAGUAUGUUCCAUUUCCGGCGAAACUUUCUCUUCUUCAAGCGAAGAUGAUGAUGGUUCGAAGAAAUUAAAACGUACGAAACGCGAAUUGCGAGCAGAGCAUGCAGCGAAGUACGAACGGGAUCGAAUGAGUAUGGUAAUGCCAGAUCCGGUACGGGAUCGAGAGCGGGAACGCAAUUUUGUUCAUCUUGCAACGAAGAAAAUGCUUGAUUAUAGAGGUGUUGUCCAGCUGUUUAAUGCAGUGGCUGAACGACAGAAAGAACUAAGCGACGUGUCAGCAGCAAAUAUGACAAGCAAGAAACGCCGAUUACGUGGUAUUUCUGCAGAAAGCUUCAGGAGGAAAUUAGCGGAAUCAAGAAUAGUUAAGGAUGGGGUAGAUGAUACAAAAGAUUGGUUAUCCGAUGAUCAGGUGGCGAUUAAAUCUGAAACAGAGGACGACUUAAAUACUUCUGAAAUAAAGACAGAAGUAGAGAGUAAUUCGGAAUAA